CGGCAGGCGCUGCGCGCCCCGCACGGAUCCCGAUGCCGCUCGCUCCUCCCGCACGUCUCCGCCCCGCCCAAGCGAUUGGCCACGGGAGGCUGCGCCCCCUCGGUCGGCUUGUCCCCUUCGAUUGGCUGAGAAGCGCCGUUUUUCUUGUUUUAUUGGGUGUCUCACCUGUCACUCAAACCUGACUCUAUGACGACGGCUCCUGCUCCUUCGAGGUGGGGUUUACCUCUUGCUCUUUCCUUUCCAUUGGUCAGCUGAGGUGUCAGUUAGCCGGGACUCGCUCGGCGCGAACGGUGCUGCCGCCGCACGGCUGUCGCGCCUUAAAGGAACACGCACCAGCGCGGGGCUCCGGCGGACAUGGCGGCGGCGCGCGGGCAGCAGCGCACGGAUGAUCUGCAUAAAACUCUCAAUUCUACAUCAGCCACAGAUGGACUCUCUGCAACUUCAUUUAUAGAAUAUCCGAAGUACAAGCCAUUUAUUAAUUCAGACUUGAUGCGCUCUCCAGGGAAACCGGUAAUUCCAUAUCCUGAAAGCAACAGCAGAGCAAUAUUUUCUGCUCUGAAGAAUCUCCAGGAAAAAAUUCGUCGGCUGGAGUUGGAACGGCUUCAGGCGGAGGAGAAUGUGAAACACCUCAGCAGGGAAACAGCAGACUAUAAAAAAGUACUAAGUGAACAAAUGCGACACAAAGAGCACGACAAGACUGAAGUGUCAAAGAAAAAUCAAGAACUGGCUGCUCAGCUGGCAGCUGCUGAGUCUCGCUGCAGCCUUUUGGAGAAGCAGCUGGACUACAUGAGAAAAAUGAUCCAGCACACAGAAAAUGAGAAGUCACAGCUCUUGGAGAAACAGGGUUCAUUGGAGAGAGAUCGUCUUCUUGAUCAGUCACAUGUUCAGUCCAAAUUGGAAAAGCUGGAUAUGCUGGAAAAAGAGUACAGCAGACUUACUACAAUGCAAUCUGUAGCAGAGAAAAAGAUGAAAGAGCUGGAACAGAAGCUUCAGGAGGAAGAACACGCGAGGAAGCUUGUUCAGGAAAAAGCAGCUGAGCUUCAGACAGGCCUGGAAACCAACAGACUACUGAUUCAAGCAGCGUCACCACUGCUUUCUCCAAAGGCAAGAAAACCCAGGAAGAAAACUAAACAGCCAGAGAAGAAACGCGGUCUCACAGGCCACCCCGCUGCGCAGCCCCAUUACAGACUGUGUCUGGGCGAUGUUCCCUUUGUAGCGGGGAAGUCCACCAGUCCCAGUCAUUCAGUAGGCGCCAAUGUGCAGCACGUCCUGCACCUGAUGAAACAACACACGAAAGCUUUGUGUAACAGUCGUGUGGUCAAUGAUACUCCACUAGCAAAAUCCGUCAGUACUGGUCAUCCUGCCAGCAAAAGCAGAAGGUCCUCUCUGCCAAAGGAAUACUCCUCAUCCCAGGAAGAGCUCUCGGAAGUGCUGCUGACUUUACAAGAUGAAUUCGGGCAGAUGAGUUUUGAUCACCAGCAGCUCUCAAAGCUUGUCCAGGAAGCCCCGACUGUUGCAGUGAGGGGAGAUCUGGAGAGGGAGCUUGAGGCACUGGUGGAAAAGAUGGAAGCCAAGGCAGACCAGAUCAGCAAAGUCCAGAGGCAUCGCUUGCAGCUAGAGAGACUAAAGAGAGAAUGCAAGUCCAGAAAGACUUCUGCUAAACAAAUAAAAGACAGCAGGUUCCCUGUUAAUGAAGUUAGAGUAACAACUACAGUAACCACAAAGGGAAAGAACGCUGGUCCCAUCAAAGUGAGACCUGGAGAGAAGAGUCGGAAGAACCUUCAGUUGUUGCGAGACAUGCAGACCAUACAGACUUCACUGCAGAAAGACGAUAUCAGCUGGGACUACUGACUGUGCUGCAGGAGAUGUGCUUGACACUGUCCCGCUCAGACUUCUCACAUCUGGAUACAAAGCAGCUGCUGGUCUUGCUGUGUGAGACUACUGUAUGCCAAGUGCACUUUUUGAAAUAUGGGCCCUGAAUUCUCCAUCCUUGCGUUUGAUUGUAUGUAUAUUAUGGUCUGGCUUAAAACACAUUCCAUUUCUAAGGCACCCAGACACCAAAUCUAACCAUAGGUCUCCACCAGUUCAUGUUAUGGCUCCAGCAGUCCCUCUCUUUUCUUUCAGCAGCCCAAGUACCACGUUUCUGUGGGUUGGUGUGCGGAUGUGCCAGUGCCGUUCUGCACUGGUUAACUGUGUGGAGGCUUCUCAAGAUGUGCCUCAUUGAAAAUGAUGCUGUGACCCCGAGUGUGAAGGGCUUUUGUCAGCUCUGCUCUGUGUGCAGCUGCAGUUACUCAGUGUUGAAGGGAGAAGAGCUAAACCCUCCUAUGGAGCUCAAAAAGCUUUUCCUAUCUGCUACAUUGCAUUAGUCAGCAUUACUGGCAACAGUUGAGUACUCAGAAAAGAAGCAAAAUAACUUUUCCAAGUUACUUUGCUUAAUUAUUGAUCGAAUUAUUUACAGGUUGGAAGAGUGACAUUUUUCUACAGGAAUCCUACUUUAUGAAAAAGCUAUAGGAUAAGGGAUAAUAUGUGUCCUAGUCCACAGCUUUGGGUGGUGAAGGAGUUAGAGAAACCAGAGGUUUUAAACUGCAAGUGCCUCAAUCAUGCCUUUCAGUCCUGGCAUCUUGCUUUUAACUUGAAAUACGUGCUUUGAUGAGCUAUCUACUUUGGUAGUGGUGCGGUUCAUUUUGCACUCUUGACUUGCACAGCUGAGUAAAUGUUAUUUAUUAUGUUAAUAAUGUAAAGAAUUUCCUAUUAACAGAAUGUAUAGAAGGACCCACAUUAUCUGUUUAUAGUUGAAAAAUAAUAAAGCCGGCUUGCCUGUUGAA